AUGCUCAACAAUUUUCAGGCAUUUGCCGUUGCCCUCCUGGCAGGGUUUGUCACGGCAAUUGACCUUAAGGCUAAUGAUGAGCAAUCUUUCAAGAAUGUGGCAGCGACUGCCGCCCUCAACACAAUGUCAAUGUACACGUCCAACAUUACAGGCCACAACCAAAACCCAGACCUACUCCGACUGGACGGAGGAGAUCUGGGACAUUAG